GCUGUGGCUCACGGGGCGGCAACUUUUGCGCGUCCUCCCUGAUUCUAGGAUUCACGCGGAUUUUCGCAGCUUCUCGUCGGGCGAGAGACCGCUGGGCUCUGCACUCAGACCGUUAACCCCUUCCGUAGCUGAGCAGAGCGACGGUGAGCGCCCAGCCGGGUCCCACCAUGGCCACGAACUAUUCCAGUACGACUAACAGGAGAGAACAUGUCAAAACGACGACCAACCCCCAGCCAGGCUUCUUGGAGCGGCUCAGCGAGACCUCGGGUGGGAUGUUUGUGGGGCUCAUGACCUUCCUGCUCUCCUUCUACUUAAUUUUCGCCAAUGAGGGCCACGCAUUGAAGACAGCAACCUCCCUGGCCGAGGGGCUCUCGCUUGUCGUGUCCCCCGACAGCAUCCACAGCGUGGCCCCAGAGAACGAGGGGCGGCUGGUGCACAUCAUUGGGGCCCUGCGGACGUCCAAGCUGUUGUCUGAUCCAAACUAUGGGGUCCACCUCCCGGCUGUGAAGCUGCGGCGGCACGUGGAGAUGUACCAGUGGGUGGAAACCGAGGCGUCCAGGGAGUACACUGAAGAUGGGCAGGUGAAGACAGAGACAAGGUACUCCUACAACACCGAAUGGAGGUCAGAAAUUGUCAACAGCAGAAACUUCGACCGAGAGAUUGGCCACAAGAAUCCCAGCGCGAUGGCAGUGGAGUCGUUCACAGCAACGGCCCCCUUUGUCCAGAUUGGCAGAUUCUUCCUCUCGGCAGGCCUCAUUGACAAAAUUGACAACUUCAAACCGCUGAGCCUGUCCAAGCUGGAGGACCCGCAUGUGGACAUCAUUCGCCGGGGAGACUACUUCUACCAUAGCGAAAACCCCAAGUAUCCAGAGGUCGGAGACCUGCGCGUGUCCUUUUCCUAUGCGGGGCUGAGCGGCGAUGACCCUGACCUGGGUCCAGCUCACGUGGUCACUGUGAUCGCCCGGCAGCGGGGUGACCAGCUACUCCCCUACUCCACCACGUCUGGGGACACCUUGCUUCUCCUACACCAUGGGGACUUCUCAGCAGAGGAGGUGUUCCGUAGAGAACAGAAGAGCAACUCCAUGAAGACAUGGGGCCUGCGGGCCGCUGGCUGGAUGGCCAUGUUCAUGGGCCUCAACCUCAUGACCCGGAUCCUCUACACCCUGGUGGACUGGUUCCCUGUCUUCCGAGACCUGGUCAACAUCGGCCUGAAAGCCUUUGCCUUCUGCGUGGCCACCUCGCUGACCCUGCUGACCGUGGCGGCCGGCUGGCUCUUCUACCGGCCCCUGUGGGCUCUCUUCAUCGGCUCCCUGGCCCUGGUGCCCAUCAUCAUUGCUCGGACGCGGGUGCCAUCCAAAAAGCUGGAGUGAAUCAGGCGCCGGCACCCGCCCCACACCUGCAUGAUCCUCAGGAUCCAGCUCCUUCCCCCCCCCCACCCCGCCCCUCUUGACUGCGAGUCAGUUUGGGUUCUGCGCCUGCUCUGCUCCUCAAGGGGCCAGACUUGGCAGUGUGCAUGGAGGUCAGGUUUGGUGUUCACCGGUUCACGUCUUCCCCACCCUUUUGCUUGCCAGUGGGCGCCUCUGGUGCGCAGAAGGCAGCUCCUGUCUGGCGGUGUGACAGGCGUUCUCCUUGCUUCCUUCCCUUCCCUUGGGACCGCGUAUGGCCGGUUCACGUGUUUCGCUUAGCUGAAGUCUGCAGACAGGGAGGUGGUGACACUCCGCACAGACCUGCUGCCUGGUCACUCACUGCCCCUCCUCCUUGGAGACAGGUGCCAGGGCUCUGCCCCAGCUGCCACCCGCUCUGUGAGCCCACGGGGCCAGCGUCCUCGGCUGUCUCUGAGCAGUGCUGAGUGCCAGGACGGACUAAACGGCACGCCACCCACGCAUGGCGCCACACACCCAGCCUGGGCACAGAACCCGCCUUGGUACUUCAAAAAUAACACCACCACUGAGGUCACUGGGAGCAAAAUUGGACGUUUGGUGGGCCUGACACGGAUUUUAUGGUUUGGCAAGAAACUUCUUCGUGUGUAGGACUUCCAAAGGUCCCGUCGGUUAUGUUUGCCUUUGUUACACUUCAUGGGUAAUCUCCUACCCGAAGACGGGGUUGUUUCAAAUCAAGAUUUAAAGAAACAAAGCACUGCUUGAAUGAUGAGCAAUUCAGACUGUUACAGAAAAACUUUGUAAUCUGUCCGUUGAAGUUAAUUCGGGCACAGGAAGGUAUUACACCGGGGUGUGACGUGCUGGCUUAAAAAGUUACCUCUGGCAGUACUCGGGGCCAGUGGGAGGCUUGAAGAUGCUUCUGAAGCCAGUGUUAGCCAAGGGAUUCCACUCUGGGAGGAGAUGGGAUUUGUACAAGGCAGAGAAAGGCAUUUCCUUUCAUCCUUUGGCAUCAGAAACUACCGAUUUCCUUGAAGAUGAGUUUUGAGUUUUUAGUCAACCUUUAAGGAAGAGGCUGGAAGCUUUCUGAUCCUAAGUGGGCUCCCUCAGAGUGACCCCCAUCAAUCUGAAUCAGGAACUGGAGGCCUGACCUGAGGCUUGUGCAGUUCCCAGGCCUCAUUCCUUCCAUGGAGGGGUGUGGAGUGGGGGCUUUCGAGUUAGCCGCUGGGCCCCGGCACCUGCCUCUGACUCCUGUCACAUGUGCGUCUGCAGCUUCACUCCUACGUACAGUCUACCUGCACUUCACCCCGUCCCCUCUCACCCCCAGUGAAAGAGCAAGUAUGUUGUCACUUUGAUGGUUUAAAAGAUCUUUCCUGUACCCUUUAUCUUUUUAUGACUUGGACUCGUUCUUCCUGGCUGGGAGCAGCUGCUUUCGCAAAUUAGUCAGUGGUUGAGUAAGUGAUAAGAACUCCUGAAACUAGCAGCCUGACAAUCUCUCGUUAGCCUGCGAGGUCUGUGGUGUGGCUUGAGAUUCUUCAUGCCGACAACAGCCGGCCCCAGAGAUGACUUCUCUGGAUUUAAGAACUGAAAUAGUAUUCACUACUGCAGUUGUCACUGAAUCUCUCAACUCUUAAAGGAUGCUUCUGGAAAUAAAUAUAACUAGGUGGUAGCUACAUACAAAAUCUGGGAUUUGGUUUGUGUAACUUUUCCUAGUACGGAUUUUAAAUUACUACGAAUUUCAAUAGUGUUUUUAAAAAGAGCAAAAGAAUGUUAAGAAAUAUUUGAAGUCUUUGGGAAACCAUGAAAUUUGUAUUAUCUUUGUAUUUUUUGAAAAACUUCAAAAUAAAUUUCGAAAUAGCUUUUA